AUGGUGGUUGUGGCGAUGCUCCUUCUCAUCGCCCACGUUGCCGAUGCCGACGUAAUUCAGGCCCGCAUGGAUGAGAACAGCGCCAACAAAUUGUUCUUCAUCUCCAAGUUUUGCUACUCGACUACAGGACUGGGCGCACUGCGCAUCAACACGUGGCACGUGAAGAACGACACAGACCUUCGACUGCUCUUCUUCGAUGAUGGCCUUUGGGAACAGGUGGACGGCCUAGCGUCUGGGCAAGCGGCCUUGCGCGAGGGCACCAACCUGACAUUCAACAUAGCCGCCCGCUCGCGACCCCGAUACUGGUAUGCAGCGUUCUCGCGCUGUGCUCCGGGUCCGAUGAAGUUCGACUUCGAGAUGCAGUUCCUCAACGGUGGCCACUGGUGGGACCAACAAUUCUCUGUCGACCAACAAGGGCUGUUGGUGAUGUUCAUUGUCUACUUUACCGUCUACGCUAUUAUCAACCUGUGCAACUUUGCAUAUAUCUAUACCAGGCCAGCCACCACCCGACUGUUCAAGCUCUUUGCGCUGGUGGCUCUGCUUGAAGGCACCUCCAAAUUUUGCUAUUUGGUCCACUACGGGCUCUACUCCAACGAUGGCAUCGGCAUGUCCAGUCUCGCCAGCAUGGGCGAAGUGUUGAAUCUGGCCGUAACGCUGGGCUUAAUGGGCAUGCUGGUGCUGUUGGGCCGUGGGUGGGGUCUGAGUUCACUCAAGCUCUCCCAUCUCAGCGCCAAUAUGUUCAUCCUGAUCACCAUCUUCUACGUCCUCUACGUCGCCUUCUUCCUGUGGGGUGAUAUCAACUACGACCCUGAAUCCACCGAUAUGCCGUUCGAGACCGCUCCCGGCGUGAUCGAGCUGGUGCUACGCAUUGCGAUUUGGGUGUUCUUCAUCUUUGGCAUCUGCGUGCUCCUGCUCGACAAGAACGUGCCAGUCGCACCGACCAGAGACGAAGAAGAAGAAGAUCAGGCCGCUCACUCACAGGAGCGGCGCCACAGCGUGGAAGCCGAACGCGAUGACGAGGAGCGUCUGCUUCGACGACCGCGACGCAGCCGAAGACGCCAAGGCAGCGAGGCGGAGGCUGAUGAAGAGGAGGAGGAAGAGGAAAGGGACGACGAGCCGAGACACGAAGAACGGCGAGACGUGGAGCGCCCGGACACUUCAUCUCAUCCACCUGCGUCUGACCACCACGGUGCCUCCCUGGAAUCAGCCGACAGACUAGAAGCCAAGAAGCGAUUCUACCUCGGGCUGGCCAUGCUUGGCAGCCUCUGGUUCCUUAGCGUGCCGCUGAUGGUCGCCUUGAGUGAAAGUUUCCCUGUGUACUACCGACUGAAGGCCGUGGUGGCUUUGUCCUACACGGUCAACUUCGUCGUCAUCGCCAUCUGUUCGCUUUGGCUCUACCCCGAGCGCGACGGCCUGUACCUCAUCAACGGUGGCGGCGUCUUCCUCGAUCUCUCCUGGCCGACGUUUGGCGCGCGAGGCGGAGAGUGGCAGGAGAUCCAGUCGCCGCUGCUCCCCAACAGCACAACGCCCUUGUCGUCAUCAUCAUUGCCAGCGGUCGCCUCCACUACUACCACCCUGUCAACAGCUCCGCCUACGACCUCCUACACCAACGAGGUCGCGCCUCGACAGCCCGCCGGCGGCCGGACAGCAGCAACAGUGCCCGCAACAGGCAAUGCGCAGGUGGUCUACGAUUCACUGUAG